CCUCUUCCGCUCUGAGGGAGUGGUGGUAUAGUGAGUGCACUUCCCCUACGGUCCCGUCGUCUCAACUCGUCUGGUCUGGUCUUGUCUUGUCUCGUCUUGUCUCGCAUCGCCCGAUGCACGCCCCCAUCCACAAUUCCAUCUGCCGUGCCAAUCCUUAUUUCUAUACAGUAGAGCAGCGUUUCAUGCCUUUCAAUCACAUUCUCGCGGAUAAGUCAGUGGAAACCUGUUCGCAUUAUCGCCUCGAACCCUGCGAAUUACAGAAAGAUGACCAGGCAACUUAGGGUUGACAUGCUUAGAGGCUUUUGAACGCACCAGGUAGAUUGUCACAGAGAGGACGAUUGACCUAGGGUUACGCCGGAUUCGUGUUGUGGUGGAGCCGAUUGGAACGGAUUGUUCGUGGGGUAGGAGGAGGGAGGAUUAGGGGAGGAUUGGGAUUUGUUGAGGAUUGUGAUCGUGUUGGUUGGAUUGUAGCGGAUUGGGAAAUCUUGAGGUUGGAGGGAGGAUUGUAAGGACGAGAUACAGGAAAUUGGCGGAGUUAGGAGGGCGAUAAUGGCGCCGCCUCUCGAUGAAGAUGAAAAUAUGGUCGUCCCUCCUCAAGAUCUAAAUGACGGCAUAGAACCAAUGGAAGGUCACGGUGAGAGCGUUGCGACAGUGGAGAACCAGCCCGUUGACGAUCACAUAGGAAAAUUUACAUGGACUUUAACAAAUUUUGGGAAACUAUCCGUGAGGAAGCACUAUUCGGACCCGUUUGUUGUUGGAGGCUACAAAUGGCGAGUUUUGUUAUUUCCAAGAGGGAAUAACGUGGAUCAACUUUCUAUAUAUUUAGAUGUUGCUGACUCGAACCAACUGCCGAGUGGCUGGACCAGAUUUGCACAUUUUAACUUGGCUGUUCUUAAUCAAUAUGAACCCAAGAUGUCUGUUCGGAAAGAUACUCAACAUCAGUUCAAUGCUCGAGAAAGUGAUUGGGGUUUCACCUCAUUCAUGCCACUACAUGAGUUAUAUGAUCUAUCGAAAGGUUUUCUGGUGAAUGAUACUCUUGUUAUAGAAGCUGAUGUUAAUGCUCCAAAGAUGGUGGAUUAUUGGUCGCAUGAUUCAAAGAAGGAGACAGGUUUCGUAGGCUUGAAGAACCAGGGUGCUACGUGCUACAUGAAUUCGCUUCUUCAAACUUUGUAUCAUAUCCCUUACUUCCGCAAGGCCGUAUACCACAUGCCUACAACUGAGAAUGACGCACCAUCUAGCAGCAUUCCCCUGGCACUUCAGAGCUUGUUUUACAAAAUGCAGUACAGUGAUACCUGCGUUGCCACCAAAGAUUUGACGAAGUCUUUCGGAUGGGACACUUAUGAAUCCUUUAUGCAACACGAUGUUCAGGAACUCAAUCGAGUUCUGUGUGAGAAGCUAGAGAAUAAAAUGAAGGGCACGGCAGUGGAGGGGACGAUACAAAAUCUUUUUGAAGGCCAUCAUAUGAAUUAUAUCGAAUGCAUCAAUGUCGAUUUUAAGUCCACUCGGAAGGAGUCCUAUUAUGACUUGCAGCUGGACGUAAAGGGUUGCAAAAAUAUUUAUGAUUCAUUUGAUAAGUAUGUGGAAAUCGAGAAGAUGGAGGGGGAAAACAAGUAUCAAGCAGACCAGUUCGGGUUGCAGGAUGCCAAGAAAGGGGUUCUUUUCAUUGAUUUCCCUCCAGUCCUUCAGUUGCAGUUGAAACGUUUUGAGUACGACUACAUGCGAGACAGUAUGGUCAAGGUCAAUGACCGGUACGAAUUUCCAUUGCAACUUGAUCUGGAUAAAUACGAUGGCAAGUAUCUGUCUCCUGAUGCUGAUCGAAGCGUUCGAAACUUGUACAGCUUGCACAGUGUGCUGGUACAUAGUGGUGGAGUACAGGGAGGACAUUAUUAUGCUUUCAUCAGACCAACUCUGACAAACCAAUGGUACAAGUUUGAUGAUGAGCAUGUCACUAAAGAGGAAACCAAGAGAGCUCUCGAAGAUCAAUAUGGUGGGGAAGAGGAGUUGCCGGCACAAAACCCAGCAUAUAACCAGCCAGCAUUCAAGUUCACAAAAUACUCAAAUGCGUACAUGCUGGUGUACAUCAGAGAUUCUGACAAGGACAAAGUUAUAUGCAACGUGGAUGAGAAAGACAUUGCAGAGCAUCUGCAGAUACGGCUCAAGAAAGAGCAGGGGGAGAAGGAGAGGAAAAGAAAGGAUAAAGCUGAAGCUCAUCUCUACACAGUCCUCAAGAUUGCCAGGGAUGAAGACCUUUCUAAUCAAAUUGGCAAACAACAGUUUUUUGACCUUGUGGACCAUGACUCCGUGAAGAGUUAUCGUAUUAAUCAGGAGGUUCCUUUCAAACAAUUCAAGGAAGAUGUCGCCAAAGAGAUUGGUAUUCCUGCGAGUUGCCAGAGGUACUGGCUGUGGGCUCGGCGGCAGAACCAUACUUACCGUCCCAAUAAGCCAUUGACUGAACAAGAGGAAAUGGAAACGGUGGGUAAACUGAAAGAUGCAUCAAACAAAACACACAACGCUGAGUUGAGGCUUUGGUUGGAGGUGAAUUAUCAGGAGGGUAUUCCAGCACCUGUUCCAGAAAGAACGAAGGAGGAUGUUUUGUUGUUCUUCAAGCUCUAUAGUCCAGAAAGAGAAGAACUACGGUUUGUUGGGAGGCUGUUCGUUAAAGCUAAUGGAAGGCCAGUUGAUAUCCUCGAAAAGUUGAAUCAGAUGGCUGGUUUUGCAGCAAAUGAAGAGAUCAGGCUGUAUGAGGAAAUAAAAUUUGACCCAACUGUUAUGUGUGAGCAUAUUGAUAAGAAAUCGACCUUCAGAGGCAGCCAGUUGGAAAAUGGUGAUAUCAUAUGUUACCAGAAAGCUCGCACAAAGGAAGAGGAGGCGAAAUUUAAUUAUCCAGAUGUGCCAUCAUUUUUGGAAUAUGUUUGUAACCGACAGAUUGUGCAUUUUCGACGCUUGGAGAAGCCCAAAGAGGACGAAUUCUGCUUAGAGCUAUCAAAGCAACACACGUAUGAUGAUGUAGUAGAAAAAGUUGCUAAGAAGCUCGGACUCGAGGAUCCUUCAAAACUUAGGCUCACGUCACAUAACUGUUACUCGCAACAGCCAAAGCCUCAGCCAAUAAAAUAUCGAGGUGUGGAACGGCUCAGUGACAUGCUUGGUCAUUACAACCAGAUAUCAGAUAUACUUUAUUUUGAGACGUUGGAUUUGCCGCUUCCCGAGUUGCAAGGAUUGAAGACGUUAAAGAUUACCUUCCAUAAUUCUAAAACUGAGGAGGUAUCAACUCACAAUGUCAGGUUACCAAAGCAAAGCACUGUAGGCGAUGUUAUCAACGAAUUGAAAACUAAGGUGGAGCUGUCCAGCCCCAAAGCCGAGUUGAGAAUUCUCGAGGUCUUCUACCACAAGAUAUACAAAGUUUUCCCUCUAAAUGAGAAAAUCGAGAAUAUCAAUGACCAAUACUGGAAAUUGCGAGCUGAAGAGAUUCCUGACGAGGAGAAAGAAUUGGGACCUCAAGAACGUGUGAUUCAUGUUUAUCAUUUCCUCCGUGAUGCCGCUCAAAAUCAGAUGCAAGUUGAAAAUUUCGGUGAACCCUUCUUUCUGAAAGUGAAGGAGAGUGAGACCCUAGCAUCGAUUAAAGCGCGAAUUCAAAACAAAUUACAAAUUCCUGAUGAUGAAUUUUCCAAGUAUAAAUUUGCAUUUUUGUCGCUUGGCCGACCGGACUACUUGCGAGACGACGAUGUUGUUGCAAGCCGUUUUCAGAAAAAAGAUUCAUACGGUGCUUGGGAAUACUAUCUGGGUUUGGAGCACAUUGAUUCAGCUCCUAAGCGAGCCCAUCAAACUAACCAGGGUCGUCACAGCUUUGAGAAGCCUGUGAAAAUAUAUAAUUGAGAAGUAUAUAAUUAAUCCGUGAACGUUAGGAAGAUGUGGGUGGAGAGCACGAAACCUCUUUCAGGAGUCCGCCCCUGCCACUUUAGGAUUUUCCGUACGAGGUGGAUCUGGUAUUGUUGUGUACGUAGUGGGAGUGGAUCUAGGCUGGCGAAGGAUUUGAAUCACACUGCGGUAUGUUAUCAUCGCCCAUCCUAUCUUCUAUUUAACUGGAUGCAGGUAUUUUGAGGCCAGGCACUACCUUUACCUCCACCUUGAGGUCUUUAGUGCAUGGCUGUGUAGAGAGAGAUGCACCUGUAUUUACAAAUGGUGACAAACUUUCAUUUGUGAACUUCGUCCCGCUUUUUACGCUUAGAAAUAAGUUGGGUGUUUUUGGUCCUUCUUCCCCUAUCUCUCCCUCGUCUUCUCUUUGUGCAUGGGCUGAGUUUCAGUGGUCAGUUUGCAUGUAUAUGCUCUAUUUGCUCUUGUACAAAAGUUCAUGCCAGGCACUUAGUGUUCGUGCCAUGUUUUGUACUUAAAGUAUUUUUACAAGCUAAAGUUUUACCUUUU